AUGCCCUUCCUCAAAAAGAUCACACAUUCACAUUCCCGUUCUGGGUCCGGCUCAUCCAUAAAAACCGGCUCUGGAUUAGCGUCCUCUGCUAGUUCAAGCAAGCAAUCUAGUAGGUCACGGAAGCAGUUAUCCACAGAUUCAAGGGGUUCACAUGUAUCUUCUAGUUCCGUUCAACAUAGCAUUUCAGAAGCCGAUACCAGGACAAGAAAUAGUAGAAGUGCAAUAUUGGAUGAUUUAGCGGUAUAUACGCUGGAGUCUACACAGUCGCCCAUUCAAGUAAAUACGCCAACCAUGUCCACUGUAAGCGAGCCUGCGGCAGGUGGCUCAAGGAAGUCAUCUGGCGAUACCAGCACCAAUAGCUUGUCGUUCGAGAAACUCAUAUUGUCAUGGGAUUCAACAGAUCCUGAAGAAUGGACAGCUCAAAGAAUUGCAUCAUGGUUGAAAUUUCAUGAAUUCCCGGAAACAUGGAUAGCUUGUUUCAGGCGAUAUCAAUUAGAAGGCAAUAGAUUUCUGAAGUUAUUAGCUCGUGAGAACUUUGCCCUGUAUGAAAAGUAUCUUCCUGAAUCUAAAAGUGCAUCAUAUGAAAGAUUUCAAGAUCUUUUGAAACAAACUUUGACAAAAAGUGUUAAUUACAACCAUAUAAGGCAAAAAAGUUUGGAUAGGACAAAAGAAUCAAGAAGCUCAAGUGAAUCAAUUAAAUCCAGAUACAAGACAGAAAAGUCCAAAGAAGAGGUAGGAGGUUCCAGAUCGGCAUCUGAGUCUAUACUAACACCAACUAAGACACCUAUUAGCAAGAAUGAUGAAAAAGCCAAAAUUAGAACUCAUCAAAAAGCAAAAAGCGCUAGUUCUUUGUAUAGAAGAAGUUUUAUAUCACUCAGGGGAUCGCUAUCCAAUUCCUCAGGAAACAAAAGCCCUUCAUCCAACAUCAAACUCAAGAUUCCAUCCAGGCCUCCAUCUAUUGUAGAAACAAGUAGUGCUACUACUAAAUCAAUUACUCCUCCCGUAUCACCAUCUUAUCCUCAACUGUUCAAGAAGCACCAGAAGAGUAGUUCUUCGGAAUCAUCUCUUCUAAAUUCCAUUCGUGGAACAUCACACAAUAGCAAUGCAAUAUCACCAAUUGCUGCGAUGGAUGAACCUCCAGAGAAACGCGCAUUUCAAACAUCUAAGAAUCAUUCUACUGAAAGCUUACCAAAGUCCUCCAAAGGCAACAAUUCUGACGUGUCUUCCCCAUUUAAGCAACUCACACACGAGGAUAGAGAGACCUUAUGGAGCAAAAUAAGGAGAAGAAGCCAAUUCUCCUCUCCACAAUCCAAUCUAACUAUAGCACCACCUCCACUAUCAUCGUCGCCAUCAAGUACCAGAACUUUAACUCCGACAACGACGAACAAUGCCAGCUCACCUAAAACUGAUGUGCUAAAGAUUAAGCUUCCGAAAAAUGUAACACAUACGAUAAGUGAUAAUAUGGAAUCUCCCAUAAGUAGAACAGCCCUGGAAAAAAGAUUCCUUCCCAGUAGACAGGUAAAAAAUGAGCUUUACAUUUUGGUGACAAAAGACAAUAAAUCAUAUAUUCCGGUGAAAAUCGAAAGUAUAAAAACUAGUAAAGAGUGCAAAGAUCUUUUUUCUAAUUCAUUAGGAAUCAAUCACGACAAUAUCUCAAUCCAAAUGACCGACUAUCGUUCAACACCUGGUUCUCCAUUGACUGACGAUCUUCUUGACACACUAGUGGGCAACCUGUUCACUGGAACGACACUAAAAUUUUUCGUGAAAGAUCUGAGCUCAGCACCACAACGGACGAGGGCAAGCACUACAAUAAGCGAACUACAUCCCUCUUUGAGGCCGAAAAGAAGUAAAAACUCGGUCCGAUCUAGAGCAAGUAGUAUGGCGGCCGACGAAGUAUCGAUCGUGACAUCAUCAUCGGAUAUAACCUCUUUUGACGAGCAUGGUGUAGGACGUAGAUAUCCACAAACACCUAGCUAUUUAUAUGAUACCAAUGAAGGCGAGGAACUUAAUUAUUGGAAUGUCAAAGAUCAUGUACCAGAUGAUAUAAAAGCUAUAAAUAAACCUCUUCCUGUUCUCAAUCUAUCACUUCCAGAUAAAGCCCACAAAACACUCACACCAAAACCUUCCCAGGGCUCUUUUCAAAUAUUUAGGAAAGAAGAGGCUAGUGAGAUCGAUUUUAACAAGCGACGUGAAUCCCCAUACGUAAAGCCCGAAUUAGCACCGAAAAGAGAGGCACCAAAAGCGCCUAUAACUAUCUCACCUCAAAGGAACCGUUCCAUGUCGAUGGGUGCUGCACCAAAAUUGAGAAGGUCGAACACAAAAGUAAGCCGCAAACAAUUAACUAAGCCGCUUCCUCCUUUAAUGGUUAUUUCAAGUAAAAAUUCUAACCAGUCAACAGAUAGUAUAGUGAGCUCUUACACUCCUGGUUCAACUCAAGUACUUGUCCCACAGCCAUAUAAAGGAGCUAACGAGGUAUUACGAAAAAGAACAUCGGAGGACAGUCUGAAUCCUGUUUCCAACUUCAUUAUGAAACAAAAAAUUAACAGAUCAACAUCCAAUGCUUCAGUAACGAAUUCCAUUUAUAGUUCACCCUCUCCCUUGCUAAAAAGGGGGAGUUCCAGGAGGAUAGUAUCAUCAAGUUCUGCAGCAGACGUAUUUGAAGAAAAUGACAUUACUUUUGCUGAUGCACCUGCCCUACCAGAUAAUGACGAUUAUAGCAGUGAUUCUUCUGAUGAUAUAAUAUGGUCAACAACGAAACCAAAGGGACAGCAAAGAUCUGGUAGCAAAGAAACAUUUAAGCCUGAUGGUAAUCAAAGCGAUGUAAUAUCAGCACCAUUAGAAUCAAAUGCAGCUGAUAAUAUAGAACGCAAAAUGACACUACGGCCUUCACCUGAAGUAGUUUAUCAAAAUCUAGAGAAAUUUUUCCCUCGAGCAAAUCUGGAUAAGCCCGUGCUAGAAGGCGUUUCAUCUCCAACAUCUCCAACACCAUCAAAAAAUAUUGCUUCAUUCAACGCUACUACUAUCAAUGAAACAGGCUUAGAAGUAGAGCCCUCUGCAAUGCAACCUGAAAAUGGUAGUGUACUAAGUCCUCGCCUCAAGCUUCCUAGAAGAACAAAAACCAUUCGUACAAUUGCCCAUGAGGCAAGCGAAGCAAGAAAGCAAUCCAUCAAACUCAAACGUCAAAACACUAAGAUGUGGGGCACUAGAAUGGUUGAAGUGACUGAAAAGCAACUGGUCGCCAUCAACAAAUCGAAGAAUUCUAGAGGUGAAUAUAAAGAAUUUGCCUGGAUGAAGGGUGAAAUGAUUGGGAAGGGUUCUUUUGGCGCCGUAUACCUAUGUUUAAAUGUCACAACAGGGGAAAUGAUGGCGGUUAAGCAGGUAGAGGUUCCCAAAUAUAGUUCCCAAGAUGAAAAUAUAAUUAGUACAGUAGAGGCUCUAAGAUCAGAAGUGUCCACCUUGAAGGACCUCGAUCAUCUCAACAUUGUUCAAUAUCUGGGUUUUGAAAAUAAAGAUAACAUUUACAGUUUAUUUUUAGAGUACGUCGCAGGGGGAUCCGUUGGAUCAUUGAUAAGAAUGUACGGAAGAUUUGAUGAGGCAAUGAUUAGGCAUCUUACCAUUCAAGUAUUGAGAGGGUUGUCAUAUUUGCAUUCUCGUGGCAUUCUACAUAGAGAUAUGAAGGCAGAUAAUCUGUUACUUGAUCAAGAUGGUGUCUGUAAGAUUAGUGAUUUCGGUAUUUCUAGAAAAUCUAACGAUAUUUAUUCCAAUUCUGAUAUGACUAUGAGAGGUACAGUGUUUUGGAUGGCGCCCGAAAUGGUUGAUACGAAACAAGGGUACAGCGCUAAAGUCGAUAUAUGGUCACUGGGUUGCGUGGUAUUAGAAAUGUUUGCCGGUAAACGGCCGUGGUCAAAUCUCGAGGUUGUUGCAGCAAUGUUCAAAAUAGGGAAAUCGAAGUCUGCUCCACCAAUCCCCGAGGAUACGUUACCAUUAAUUUCACAGGAUGGAAGGCAAUUCCUGGAUUCUUGCUUUGAAAUUGAUCCAGAAUCUAGGCCGACUGCAGAUAAGCUACUCUCACACGCUUUUAGUAAAGUAUACCCAUCGUUUAAUUUCAAAUCUACUGAACUUUGUAAGUUUAUCAAAUCAAACGAUAAGAUAAAUUCCAGUAAACUAAGAGUAGCUUCAAAGGAUGUUAAUGAUUAA